CAUUCUGGCCACGGAGGAGGCGGCGGCUCAAGAGCGUCAGCCGCUGAUGGCGUCUCAGGAUCAGAGUCGUCGCUAGCGCACCUCUUCUGCUCCGGAACCCCCGCCCCCCAGAUACACAAUGACAUCCUUUCAAGAAGUCCCAUUGCAGACAUCCAACUUUGCACAUGUCAUCUUUCAAAAUGUGGCCAAGAGCUAUCUUCCUAAUGUACAUCUGGAAUGUCAUUACACCUUAACUCCAUAUAUCCAUCCCCAUCCAAAAGAUUGGGUUGGUAUAUUCAAGGUUGGAUGGAGUACAGCUCGUGAUUAUUACACAUUUUUGUGGUCCCCUAUGCCUGAACAUUAUGUAGGAGGAUCAACAGUCAAUAGUGUUCUCGUAUUUCAAGGAUAUUAUCUUCCAAACGAUGAUGGAGAAUUUUAUCAGUUUUGUUACGUUACGCACAAGGGUGAAAUUCGUGGAGCAAGUACUCCUUUCCAGUUUCGAGCUGCUUCUCCAGUUGAAGAAUUGCUUACUAUGGAAGAUGAAGGGAAUUCUGACAUGUUGGUGGUGACCACAAAAGCUGGCCUUCUUGAGUUGAAAAUUGAAAAAAUCAUGACAGAGAAAGAAGAACUGUUAAAGUUAAUUGCUGUUCUGGAGAAAGAAACAGCACAACUUCGAGAACAAGUUGGAAGAAUGGAAAGUGAACUUAAUCACGAGAAAGAAAAAUGUGACCAACUGCAAGCGGAGCAAGAGGGUCUUAUUGAAGUAUCACAAAAUUUAAAAAAGGAAAAUGAAGACUUUAAGAAGAAAUACGAUGAUGCUACAUCCAAAGCUGCCCAACUUGAAGAAGAUAUUGUGUUGGUGACACACAAAGCAAUUGAAAAAGAAACAGAACUGGACAGCUUAAAAGACAAACUCCGGAAGGUACAACAUGAACGAGAACAACUUGAAAGUUACUUGAAGACAGAAAAGGACGAGAAGGAAAUGUAUAAGAUUCAUUGGAAGAACACAGAAAUAGAAAAUACCAAGCUUGUGUCAGAGAUUCAGACUUUAAAAAAUUUAGAUGGGAGUAAAGAAAACAUGAUUACUCAUUUCAAAGAAGAGAUUGGUAGGCUGCAGCUCUGCUUGGCUGAAAAGGAAAAUCUUCAAAGGACUAUUUUGCUUACUUCAAGUAAGGAAGAUACAUGUCUUUUAAAGGAACAGCUUCGUAAAGCAGAGGAACAGGUUCAGGCAACUCGGCAGGAAGUUGUCUUUCUGGCCAAAGAACUUAGUGAUGCUGUAAAUGUCCGUGAUAAGACGAUGGCAGAUCUACAUACUGCACGUCUGGAAAACGAGAAAGUCAAAAAGCAGUUGACAGAUGCAGUGGCAGAACUUAAACUGAGUGCUGUAAAAAAAGAUCAGGAAAAGUCUGAUACAGUGGAGCACGAGCUGAGAAGAGAGGUGGAAGAUCUGAAGCUUCGCCUGCAGAUGGCUGCAGAUCAUUAUAAAGAAAAGUUCAAGGAAUGCCAGAGACUCCAAAAACAAAUCAACAGGCUUUCAGACCAGUCCUUUACUGGUGGUGAGACUGAUUUUGAGAUGAUAACAAAAGGGCAAGUUUGUGAAAUGACCAAAGAAAUUGCUGACACAACAGAAAAGUACCAAAAAUGUAAACAACUCUUGCAGGAAGAGAAAACAAAAUGUAAUAAAUAUGCUGAUGAGCUUGCAAAAAUGGAAUUGAAAUGGAAAGAACAAAUGAAAAUCACUGCAAGUGUGAAACUACAACUAGCUGAAGUAGAAGACAAUUAUAAAGAAAUUAAAAGGAGUCUAGAAAACCAAGCUGAAAGGAAAAUUGAAGGCCCGAAUCCCCAGAGCACAGAGCCGAUCUCACAGCGUAUCCAUGAGUGCACAGAGCAGAAUGGUCAGGUUCCCGCCUUGUCCGGUACACAGCCAGCGCUGCAGUAUGGCAAUCCUUAUGCAGCACAGGACAUAAGAGAUGGAGCGGAUGGUGCCUUUUAUCCAGAUGAAAUCCAAAGGCCACCCGUGAGAGUCCCCUCUUGGGGACUGGAAGACAAUGUUGUCUGCAGCCAGCCUGCUCGAAACCUGAGUCGACCCGAUGGCUUAGAAGACCCGGAGGAUGGCACAGAAGACGAGAAUGUGUCCUCUGCCCCUGGUGGCCCAAGUCAGCAUUUACAUGGACCUGGCACCGGCUUUUGCUUUGAUUCUAGCUUUGAUGCUCACAAGAAGUGUCCUCUCUGUGAGUUAAUGUUCCCCCCGAACUAUGAUCAGAACAAGUUUGAAGAACAUGUGGAGAGUCACUGGAAGGUGUGCCCCAUGUGCAGUGAACAGUUCCCGCCUGACUAUGACCAGCAAGGCUUUGAAAGGCACGUCCAGACCCAUUUUGAUCAGAAUGUUUUAAAUUUUGACUAGUUACUUUAUAUUAAUACAGCUUAGCAGGUGGGGGUGGAGGCAUCACUUCAAGUAGACCACUCAUGAGACCCCAAGGUCAGAGUCUCACCUCCCAUGCACCCUCUUCCAUACUUUCUCACCAAGAGCUCCUUUGCAGUUUGCUGUUGCUAAGGGCCAGGGCUAGUCUUUAGCUUAUCAAUAAACAUAAUUUUAACUCUGUUGAUCUUACCUGCUUUAAGAAAAGGUCUUGUGUAUUUUUAUUUAUUCCCAGUUUGUGAAGUUGUAUGGAUAAAGGACACAGAUUAUUUUAAUGUUACCACACCGAAACAAAUAUGUAUAGUGUAUUAAGAUUAUUUAGCAGAAUAUUUACAAGUUGGCCUUCUUGAUUAAGCAUGACUACUAAAUAUUAUGUGUAACAAAAACCAUUCCUUCCAAUAGUCUUGUACAGUCAUUCUUUGAAUACAGAAACCUCCAGAUUUGAUUGAGCCUGUGAAGUUACAUAGGCCACCCCGAGUUCCAAAGGUCAGAUUUAAGUAGUUACCAGAACCAGUCCCCUGGGAGGCUGCCCAUUACACUGAAAAUCUGACGCACAUAUGGUUUGUAAUCACAAAUGGCAUUGCUUUGCAACACACAUCAUAGCAUUUACUAUCCUUGUUAGAGAUGUGUCAGUGGAAGGUACAAUAUUAAGUAUACGCUACAUACUUACAGACAAACAUUGGAUUACCUGAUGUUGGCUAGCAACUGCUAUGAGCUGUUCUGACCAGGGUACAAAUUUGAGUAGCAGUCAGUCUCAGGCAUAGAACAGAACUUGUUCCUAACUGCCAGUCAAGCUUCACUCUCUAGAAGUAGAGCUGUACGUAGACUGAAACGACGUGUUUAAAGUAGAGCAGAAAUCAUUGUGAUGUGUGUGCUUUAACAAGAGAAAGCAUAUUUUGCUUGGAGCACUGAUUUCGAGUAACUUUUUUUAGAAUAACUGAAUGAUGAUUUUUAAACACUCUUGAUGCUGUAUUUAUAUCUAAUGAGAAGACAAUAAAGUACAAUUGCAUUCAUAUUGGGAGGACCUACUAAACAGUGGCAUUGAUCCUGUCAAAUCACAGAAUAUGUAUUAGAAUCUUUGCAUUUUCCUCAAGAAUGUAACUAACUUUGAAACAAUAGUUAUCAGUAAGGGAUUAAAAGCUGUAGCGUUUAUUAAUGUCUGUCCUGCUGUAUGGAAAUUCUUGUGAUCAUUAAAGGGCGCCUUUUUGGAGGUUUGUGGCUAA